UCGGUUACUAUUGCAGCCGCAUGGCCCCCUCCUCCCUUUACUGCAGUCUCGCCCCAGUGUGCUGUCCCGACAGAAGCCUCCCCUGUCACCACAUCUGAAGUGGGCCACAAUCUCUUUAGUCUCCUUGCUCUAUUUUCUUGUUUUUGGAAUCUCUGGGGCCCCCUUGCUGGUUUAGGAUCUGUUUCCAGCCCCGUAUCACAAGCGCCUGUUGUCCCUCUGUGCCGAGACCGGGAACAGCCUGGGCUUGUGAAAGGCCCUCGGUGAACAGCUGAGUGUCCGUGACCUUCGAUGAUGUGGCUGUGACCUUUUCCCGGGAGGAGUGGGGGCAGCUGGGCCCGACCCAGAGGACCCUGUACCAGGAGGUGAUGCUGGAGACGUGCGGGCUCCUGGUGUCCCUGGGGCAUCCGGUUACCAAACCUGAGCUGACCCACCUGCUGGAGCGUGGGCAGCAGCUGUGGCCUGUGAGGAGGGACCUCCUCUCCCGAAGCACCUCCCCAGGUGACAGAGCACAACUUGGGACCAGAGACCCAGGCACUUCUUUGUGGGUUUUGCCUGAGGGAGCCUUGCUGCCCGGGAGCCUGGCGCCAGGAUCUGCAGGGGGCUCCUGUUUGGGGCAGGCUGGGGAACAGGAAGGGCUUGUGGAGGUGCAGAAGGGGGAGCCAAGGCCUGGGAAAGACGUCCGCAAGGAGGCCUCUCAUGGGGAAGUGAGGCCCGAGGAUGGCAGCUCAGGGGCAGGUGACUGUCUGCACUCCAGGGUGUCACAGGACAGGGUCUCACAGGGAGGCGACCUCCGGGAACGUGACCCAGGAGGACAGGGAAAAGGCACCGGGAUUCAUGGCGCGAGCAACGUCUGCAAGUGCAGGCAGUGUGGGCGAGGCUUUACCAGGAAGUGGUACCUUGCCCGGCACCAGCGGGUGCACACCGGAAUGAAGCCUUACGCGUGCGAUGUGUGUGGGAAAGCCUUCAGCCAGAGCUCCACGCUCACGCGGCACUGCCUCAUCCACUCGGGGGACAAGCCCUACCGGUGCCCUGAGUGCGGGAAGGCCUUCAGGCGCAGGUCCUACCUGGCCCAGCACGAGCCAGUUCACACCGGGGAGAAGCCCUAUGCGUGCGGCCAUUGCGGCAAGGCCUUCAGCCACCGCUCCACGUUCAUCCGGCAUAACAGGACCCACAGCGGAGAAAAGCCCUUUGAGUGCGCACAGUGUGGGAAGUCUUUCGGUGACCGAGCACAUCUGCUGCAGCACUCCAUCACCCACACGGGGGAGAAGCCCUGCCAGUGCAGCCAGUGCGGCAAGGCCUUCCGGUGCAGCUCCGAACUGGCGCAGCACCAGCGCACGCACACCGGGGAGCGGCCCUACACGUGCGGCCAGUGCGGCAAGGCCUUCCACCGGAGCACCUACCUCACGCAGCAUGCUGUCGUUCACGCGGCUGAGGCGCCGCAUCAGUGCCCAGCGUGCGGGAAGGCCUUCAAGCGCCGAUCCCACCUCCUUCAGCACCAGCGGGUCCACCCCUGAGCGAGCCCUGGCGCAGCCGCGAGCGUGGAGGGCCUCGCCUGCUCCUCCCACAGUGAAGGGAGACCUGCUCAGUGCAAAGAAAGCUGCAGAGCAUCAUCACUGGCUCUUCGAACACAAAUCAUCCUGUCGGAGAGAAGCUUCUUCCCAGCCCCGGCUUCCCAUCGCAGGGCUCAUCCUGGGACUUGCGGAAGGCGCGUCCCCAGUGGGCCCACCGCGUGCACGUCACAGGGCCUUUGGGGAAGCAACUCAGAAUGCAGCGACUCAGAACAGUCCUCAGCCAGAAGGAAGACCUUACCUGCCACCCAUGUAUCCAUAACGAGGAGGAACCGUAUAAUUGUCACUACUGAGACCUGUGACAGAUCACCACCUCUGUCACCCAAGGAAUCAUUGUAGUUGGACCAACUCAGGUCUUACUGUACCUGUGAGAAGGUGCGCAAGAGACAGUAACUACUGCUUCCUGGUGAAAGCCUUCAGCCACAGGGCUCCCGCUUGCUUUACACUCAGAAAGGCACCUCAGCCUUAUUUUCAAGAGAAAAGUGGAGGAGGAGGAAGGGAUGGAGAUGAGACUAUAAAUGGAGACAAAAAAUGCCUGCACAACCUCAGGUUCUCGUGCCACGUGGAUUAUUUUCUAGUGGGGAGAUGGCUGACAGGUAAGUGGCUCUCAGCCCUCUGUUCAUUUGUUUACGUGUUCCCUGCUGUCCUGUGUUGGGGAACUUGGGCAGUGAGGGCAGCCCGAUGAACACUGUUGGAAGCCUUUGUCCCAAACAUGUCCACCCUUAAGGAGCGUAGUCUGUGAGAAAUGUGAGGCUUGCCAGGGGAUACUUGGACUUACAGGGAAUCAGAAUACUGAAAAUGACAUCACGUGACAUCACCUUCCACAGCUAAGGAGAGAAGGCCCACAGGCAGGUAGCCUCAUUGGAGAUGUACUCGCCUUAACACUUAAAUUUUUAUACUCUGUUCACGUGGUUUUAAAUACCCAAUGUUCGUUCUUAAUUCCAUUCUACUUGUUCUAUUUUCCGG